AGUUGCUUAAUAAUAACCAUUACGUAUUAUGUUUCUUUAUAACCAUGGUUUAUUGUUUACUAGUUAAUUUGAUGCAGUGAAAAUUUUUGCAAAUGAAUUCUAAUUUCAAUAUGUCAAAAAUCUUUUUAUUUCCUCUAAAUUCGAGACGAACCAAUCGAUCAAGUGGUUCUAUAGACAAACAAAAUCCAAUUUUGGCAAAUUAUUACAGCUAUCCGCCAGCAUUUGAUACAGAUAGACAGAAUCUGCCUUUGUCUUUUGACAGACCACAAACUUCUCAUUCCCUUAUGAACUCUCACUAUGACAGGAAUAUUAAGGAGAAAAUCGAUAUGUGUGACGAAACUCCUGAAAACUGGUCUUGUUUUUAUGGUCCUUUGAAUGAUAUAUUUGAGACUAAACCUAAAGUUGUCUUCUUGAAAAACAAAGAAGGAUAUCUAUUCAAUGAAAUGGAAAAAUUCUUCUUAAAAGCUUGGAAAGAUCUAAGUAAGGAAUCAGAUGCAAAUAUAACAGUUAGAGAGAUAACUAGGAUAGAAAAUCCGCAAAUCUUUUCAAAUUAUACAACAGAACGUAAAAACCUGCUAAAACGUUCGACAAAAGAGAAAAUAAAACUUCGGGAAACUGCCGUCGAUUUGAUGGUUCCUAGUACUCUUCGACAAUAUUUAAGGCUGGAAAUUAAUGAAAAGUAUUUAUUUCAUGGUACAUCUCGUAAUAAAGCUCUUAUAAUUACAAAUAAAGGAUUUGAUAAUCGAGUCGCAAGUUCUGGUUGGUUUGGAAAAGGUAUUUAUCACGCCCAUAGUCCAAAAUUCUCCCAUCACUACACCGGUUCAGAAAAUCCUCGGUAUAUGUUUCUAUCGAGAGUUCUUCUAGGAGUUGCUUAUGAUUCCACGUCACACGCAGGAAAAUCUUUUACAACGCCUCCUUGCAAGACCUGCAAGAACACUUCAUGCGAAAAUGUGGAUCAUAAAAAGACCUUUGAUAGUAUAAUUGGGAAUGGAUCGGAGUAUGUCGUGUACAACGGUCUCCAAUGUUAUCCGGAGUAUUUAUUCAGUUACGAUUACAAUUAA